CUUUCUUUCAUUCCUCCAGCGUAUACAACUUUCGACUCACCUUCUCUCGUUUACCAGUCCUCACUCUCUAUACCCUAUCGACCUCUAACUCUAUCAACCUUUUAAAUACUUUCUUCCUUUUCCGUCUCCAUCAACAAACCCACCACCUCCCUACCUCUCCCAUACGUACCCUCAUCCACUCAAAGAAACGCGAAAAAGUCGCGACAAAGAACUCACCCAUCCAUCCCAACCAAACCUCCUCUCAACGACCCCAAAUCCAACCCAAUCCACUCGAACACAAGGACCCAUCCAAAAUGUCCUCAACACCAACCCUCCACCGCAACCGCGACCGCGACCGCCAACGCACCGCCAGCACCAGAGACGCGCCCGCAACCCCAACCCCGACCCUCCCGCCCUACGAGCCCUCGAUCGCGCCCCUAACGGCAACAGGACAUAAUGCGGUCCUGGCGCUGCUGAAAUCGCAGACGCUGCGACAGCUGAAGACGCAUUUGCAGCAUGCGGGGACGAAGCUGGGGGAUUCGGCGGGGGAGGUGAAUGAGCGGUUGACGGAUGCGAGGGUAAGGUUUGAGAGGCAGAAGGGGAAGAGGGAGAGACGACGGAAUCAGAAUCGAGGUGAGGGUGGGGAAGGGGAGGAGAAUGCGGAUGGGGAUGGGGAUGGGGAUGGCGAUGGUGAUGAGGAAGGAGAAGGAGAAGGCGAGGAGGAGAUGAAUCGGCUGUCGAGUCUUGAGGAUCGCGUGUCUGGCAUCACGAAGAGGUUGGAGGAGCAGGUGAGGAAGAUGGUGGAUGCGGAGACAAAGGUGGAUGCGUUGGUGGAGGUGAUGGGGGGGUUUGAGAAGGAGGCUGAGGAGGCGAGUAUGGCUCGUCCGGCGAGGAGGCAGACGAGACGGAGGAGUCGGAGGGAUGCAGAUGGGGACGAGGAAGACGAUGACGAUAAUGAGGAGGUCGAGGAGAGAGAAGACGCUACUGCCACUACCAGUGCCGAUGCUGCUGCGCCGAGUCAACGCCUGGAAGAGAGUCUGAAUAAGAACUAUGCGCAAUGGGAUCGACUCUCCCUGACGCAACGCUACUCCGCCAACAACACGUACGUCGGAUUCUACCGCAUCGUGCACGAAGCCCAACACCCUGGCAACGACAUCCCACCCCUCCCCCACGCCUCGACCUGGUUCUCACAUCUCGAAGACCCCAACGCCUCAUCCACCUCCCCUUCAUCCUCCCACUCCGCCUCCCCAGCCCAAACCACCCACCACCGCCGUCACCACCACCCCCGAAACCCCUCGACAGAGUCCGACGACAUCGCCAUCGAACGCGAACGCAUCUCCCUAAAAUGCCCCCUCACACUCCUCACCUUCCGAGACCCCGUCACCAGCACGAAAUGCCCACACAGCUUCGAGCGCUCCGCCAUCAAAAGCAUGCUCUCGCAGUCGCCGACGACCGUGCCCGCGCCCCCCCCUGCGCCGGGGACUGCGCCGUCGCGCGCGGCGCGGCGCGUCCGGUCUGUCAAGUGUCCUGUCUGCUCGGUUGUGUUGACGGGGGGUGAUUUGCAGGGUGAUGCGGUGCUGUUGAGACGGGUGAGGCGCGCGGAGGCGCUGGAGAGAGAGAGGGAGGAGGAUGAGGAUGAGAGCGGGGGGGAGGGGGUUUCGGUGUCUGGGAGGAAGAGGUCGAGACGGAGUGGGAUUACGGUGGCGAGUGAUGAGGGGGAUAGUGAUGAGGAUGAAGAUGAAGAUGAGGAGGACGAGGAUGAGGAUGAGGAUGAGGAUGAGGAUGAGGAUGCGGAUCGGCCUCGGAGGAAGAGACGCGCGAUGGAGGAGCAGGUGCGGAUCAAGCAGGAACGGGCAGUGUCGAGUAGUGCGCGUUAGGGAGUAUCAUCUGGAUCUGUUUCGGUCUCAUGCCAGACAUACAUUCAUCAGUCUACCUGACACUACAUCUAUAACUACUGAAACACAGCGGUAAAUUCAAUCAAUCUGUC